AUGUCGGUCUCUGGCUGCAAGAUGGCGGCAGCAGCGGAGCCGGGCACGGAGGUGUCCGGGGCUCCGCGGGAGCCGGUGCUGGGGGCGCAGCCGGAGCGCGGCGGGAGGGCAGCGCCCCUCCGCCCGCCCGAGAUCGCCAUGCGGCUGGAGAGCGCCCGCCGGGAGCUGAGCAACAGGCGCAAGAUGCUGCUGAGAAACCUGCCCGAGGAGAGCAGCAGCCAGGAAAUCCAUGAACUAUUCAAAGAUUAUGAAUUAAAGUACUGUUAUGUGGACAGAAAUAGAAGAACAGCGUUUGUUACUCUGCAGAAUGGAGAGCAGGCUCAAAAUGCAAUUCGGAUGUUUCACCAGUAUUCUCUUCGUGGAAAAGAAAUAUCAGUGCAGUUCCAACCAACAGAUGCUUUGCUAUGCAUUACCAAUUUGCCCACCUCAUUUUCAUUACAAGAGUUUGAGGAACUAGUGUGUGCAUAUGGCAAUGUUGAGAGAUGUUUUUUGGUCUAUAAUGAAGUUACUGGCCAUUCCAAAGGCUACGGGUUUGUGGAAUACAUGAAAAAGGAUUCUGCUGCAAAAGCUAGAAUGGAACUCCUGGGGAAGCAAUUAGGUGAAAACAUCCUCUUUGCACAGUGGAUGGAUGUUAAUCAGUUGACUACCGAUCUUGUUCAUUCUAAGUGCCUUUGUGUAGAUAAACUCCCCAAUGACUACACUGAUUCAGAGGAACUGAUGCAAAUGUUCUCAUUUAAGUAUAAACCUGUGUUCUGCCAGUUUGCUGAGGACGAAGGCAGUUAUAUUGGUGGCUUCGCAGUGAUUGAGUAUGAGACUGCAGAGCAGGCUGAGGAAGUGCAAGAAGUCACAGAUGGUAUGACUAUCAGAGGAAAGAGAGUCCAGGUAUCAUACUGUGCUCCUGGCGCACCAGGACGAAGCACAUUAGCUGCAUUUAUAGCAGCACAACGUAUGAUGAGAAACAAUAGAAAGGGAUUGCUUCCAGAGCCAAAUCCAGUGCAGAUUAUGAAGAGUUUAAAUAACCCAGCCAUGUUACAAAUGUUACUGCAGCCCCAGUUGUGUAGACGUGCCCGUAAACGUGCAGUUCUUGGAGUAUCUGCUGGUUUACCUCAUCUUAUAAAUACAGCAGCCAGUCCAGGAUUUUUCCAUUUGAAUAAAGUACACCAGAAUUCUGUUCUGGGGAAUACAUCUAAUUUACUGCUACAGAACCUCUCACACCUACAACUGGCACAGAAGCAACUAAUUACAAUUGAGAAUAUUCAAACUAACAAUAAACCUGGCUUGCUUGGAGAGCCUCCACCAAUGUUACUUCAGACGGUAUUGGGAACAAGGCCAAUACCAUCAGUGAGUGCAGAUCCGGGAAACAAUGGAAAAGCGCAUACAUGUGUUUCCCCUGAAGUGUUCUGUGCGCAUACCAUGGCUUCUCAGCAGCUAGCCAAUAGAAGCAGAAGGUUAACCAAACAUCUUCCCUAUUCCCGGAUGAUGAAAAAAUUGAGCAGGGAUUAUCCAUUGGGAUCAGAUGGGCAAGUUCUACACAAUCAGUUUCAUAGAAUUGUAGCAUCUAAUGUGACUCCAAAUCAAACAACAGCAGCAACAGGGAUGGGGAUCUUGCCAUUCUUUCCAAAUCAGCCCGUUGUUGGACAAGCUAUGCCAGGGCAAAAUAAUACUCAGGAUAAACAAUCAACUACAGUGGGACUGUCAGAAGGAGCUGGCUCAGGGUCGCAGGCUUAUCUUCAGAGCUUAACAAAUUUUACUGCUGGAGGCUUGCGCACAGAACAUCCCCAACAGCAGAGUCAGUCAAAAAGCACUGAUACAAGUUCAGGGAUUCCCUCAAAAAAACAGACUUCGCUCCUGGGGGAACCACCCAAAGAAAUCCGUCUUAGUACCAAUCCCUACUUGAAUUUGGCAAGCGUGUUGCGUGGUGUAUGUCUUUCGGCAGUUGCUAGCAAAGCAACUAGUACACAGCAGCACACUGGACUUUCAAGCAACAUAGUGGAUGCUGCAGUCUCUCAGGGAACUACAUCACAACAUGCAAUGGAAAACUACUUUAAUUAUUCUCAACAGUAUGGGGAUUAUACACAGGAGGCUGUGCAGCAGUGGUAUCAGCAUUAUGCGCAGGCAUACAAUGCUACUCAAGCAAGAGUAGGUGAAUUUGAAAAUGAAGCUUCUGAGGAACCUGCUAUAUCUUAUGGAGACUACAAUACUUAUUUGCAGGUUAUGCCUUCAUAUUACACUGGAGCCCAGGGAUCAUACCAGCCAGGCAGCUUUCAGCUUACUCCACAGAAUCCAUUACAUAAGGUGGCACCAGUAAGAAGUGAAAAGCGAAGCUCCUCACACCUCAUUUCUUCCCCAGAAGCUGGCCCAAUUGAAUAUAUUGGCCAGCACACUCAGGGCACAGCAUCAAAUUAUGCAGAAUCCUAUCUUAAAAAAAAGCGUGUUUAUUGAGAUCCAAACCAAUCCUGCCUUAAACCCAACAGGUGACCUUUUUGUACCUCUGUAUUUAUUACUGCCUUAACUUCAUAGCCAUCGAUUUUUAUAUAGGGUGACAUAUUCCUAAAAGGAACAAUUCAGGCAAAUUUUCCAAAUAAAUUAUAUGUAGCAAUAAAUACAAUUAGUUGGACAUUUUUCGCUCAUUAUUUGCCUUGUUAAAUAAUACAAUGGUGUCUCCCUUAAUAUAUGAUCUUACUGUAACUUGUCAGAAUUGACAAUGAUUGUCUUAUGCCUGCAAAGAAGUUUCCUUUGGUGAUUGUUGAUCAUGUGUCAGUCAAAAGCAAUGAAAAUAAUAGCAAAGGAGACUUUUUCCUUGUUCCUUAGAUGAGGAAGGUGAGAUUGUCUUAGCCAUCACUUUUUAAAAAACUCCUGUGUGCUUUUCAGUUUUACCUUUUCCAGAGUUGAGCCUUCUGCACUAGUCUUUAUAUUAUUAAAAAUCUUCCCUAAAACAGGGGAGAGACACCAGAUGUAUUAAUGUAGAGCCCAUGAGCUUUUCAGUAAACAUUCUGUUAAAAAUAAAGUUUGUUAUAUUUUGAGCCUACCAGCAUCAAUCUAGAGUGCAUAAGCGCUAGUUAGAACAAAGGUGUAAUCGUAGCUAUUGAUAUUCUUUCCCCAGGGGGUUGUCAUUUUUAUAUGCAAUUGUUUGUGAAUUAAUUUUCCUGCCCUAAUCUGCUUCUGAAAUCUGUGUAAAAUACUAGGUCUUGCUAACCACUGGAUUUGAACUGGUGUGUGAGAGUCUCCCAAAUACUAAAAUGCAAAAGCUACCCUCUACUUGGUGAUGAAAAUUCAAUGCGCAGGAACAGUAAAAUUAACCAAAAUAAUUGCAACCUUUGUAAGCGGAUUAGUAUAAAAGUUGCUCAAAAUGAAGCUAAAAAUUUAACAGCCGAUUUUUUUCCUCUAAUUUCUGGGUUGCUCAGACAGUAGAAGAGGAAACGCUGCCCAAGCCCACUACACCUGUCCUAGUUUGGUUUUGUUAAUCCCACUUUCCUGUUUUUAACCUUCACUCUACUCUGUCUCCAGGUGUCAAACUUACUUUUACAAUUUGCUUCAGCUAUCCUCACUGGUCAUUUGGGACCCAAAGUUCUGAAUGCCCUCGAUUCCCAUUGACUUCAGGAUUAGGCCUUUAUUAUGUGUUCUUUUUGCAUCAAAUAGUCCUCUUUAGACAGGACUAAUCUCUACUCUCUCAGCGCUCAGUGGCAUUUAUGAGUAUGGUGCAUAUGAUACAGCACAGAGACAGCUGGGUUUAUUAUUUAUACCUACUUUAUAUAUAUAUAUAUAUAUAUAUUCCAUCCCUUUUGAACUCCUCCCUUCAAAAGAUUUUCAUUGUAGAUGCCUUCUCUCACCAUGAACUUUUCCUACUUCCUUGUCCCUGCUACCCCCCAUUCUGUUGCCCUUUUUUUUUUUUUUUUUUUUUUUUUUUAACAGAGGGUCAUUUUCUCCAAGGAAUUACCUCUCUUGAUAACUAGUUCUGUACUCAGUCUCCACCAGCCAGAACUGGAAUAGUAUUUUGCCUUUGCCUAGUGCUUUUCUUUCUCCCUGACUUGUGCACUGGGCUGAGGUCCAUUCAGCAACUUUCAAAGCUUUUUUUUUUUUCUCUCUGACUUAGUUUCUUUAUCUUAAAUUUGAUUUACCAGCUCCAAGUCCUAUCACCAAAUUGCCUUAAAUCAAAUGUUAUUUUUUGCCUACAAUUUUUGUAUCUGCGGUAGUGGAAAUCCAUGUUUUCAUUACAAAUUAUGAAUAAGACACUUGCAACUGACCAUGUGAAUUAACUUUCUUGUAAUCCCUUUGCAACUCAAAUGUUUCUAUCUUUGACUAAAUUGCAACAAUAGUGUAAUGGAUGUAUGUAGUGCUCCAGCCAUGUAAUGGCUAUAAAUUUAAUUUAAUCUCUUUAUAGAAUUCCAAGGUUAUUUUUUAAGCCAUGUUUAAAGUUUACUAAUUUAAAAAAAAAAAACUGCCUUGAAUAAACUCAAAGUUUUCUGCAGUAGCUCAGAAUCAGGACUUUUUUAGAAAACAGGGUUGAUUUGUUAUGUAAAUGCUCUGCAUGCCUGCCUUAAGACAGCAGAAUAGCAAUGCAUUUGAUAUUGAGAAUGAUUGGUUUUGUUAGAUUAUUCAUGUAUGUAUUGAUUGAUGUCAAAAAUUCACCUGUAGUAUUUUGUUUAAACUAUUGUAUUUGCAACUUUUCAGAACUGUUACCCUUUUCAACAAAAUAAAUUACUGCUCCAUUUACAGUGGAAUUUGUGUGAAAGGACAAAAUCUCCAGCCUACUCACUCAGUAAUGUAUCAUUUUACAACUGGGUGCUAUAGCAAAGUUUCAAAUUUAUCUUCCCUAAAAAAGUAACAGCUUUACAUAGUGUAAUUUAUAAUUAACACACACACACACACACAUGAAGAAAAAAAAUCUUUAUUAAUUUGUAUAAAGAGUAACAAAGUGCAUAUAGAUUCUACUCAGGUUCAUAAGUGAAGUACAGAAAUAAAAAAUAAUACUGUAAAAAUGAAUCCUACUUGUUUGGGGUUCAGUAAUUACAUUUAUACUUUAAUAUGUAAAAACAUUUUUCAGUUAUUACCAACACUAAAUGUACCCUCUAAGCAUUUUCAGAAUCCAGGUUU